UCUAUGUUAUUACAUACGGUAUGGUGGUGAAAUACAGCCUUGUCAAACAUAAAAGUGUAAACGUCAGAGACAGUGUGAAAACAAAAUUGAUUUUUAAUAUUUUCAAUAUCUAUUUUUUAAGAAUUAAUGAAUUUGUUGCGAAAACAAAAAGUAAUUGAUACAAUAUAUUGCAUUCAUUCAUUUUAAACUAAUUCAUAUAAUAAUUAUAUAUUUAAAAAUAUGGCUGACAAGCCUCCUGUACUUCCACCAGCUUCAGAGCCAUUUCCAGGUUCUCGUACCCCAGGAUGGAAUGAUCCUCCUACAUUACAAUACAAUCCACUAGCACCAACAACAAGCAACAAUCGAACUCGUUUAAACCUAAAUAAGCGAGUGGCUUUUCCACUACAAGGAGCAACCGCAAAACCAACUGCAAUAGUCCCUCCGAAUCAAUCUUCUUUGCCACCAAUUAUGUCAUUACCACCGACAGUGGCUGGCACAACUCAACCUAUUGCCGUUGUACACCCAAUGCCAAACGUAGGCACAAUUCCCUUAAGAAAUUAUACAUAUACGGAUGUUAUAUAUGUAUUAAGAAUUUUGCGUGAACAGAUUUUAGCGAUAGUAGAAACAGCAGAAGUUUCAAGAGAGGAAAUAUUGAGACGUAUUAAUCCAAUUGAACAGUUAUGGCAAAGUAUGAGUGCACCGGUACAGGAACGGCUUUAUCGAAUAUCAGAAGCAAUAAGGGACAAUAACUACAAUGAAUCGAUGAAAGCAUACAUGACACUAGUAACACAUAAUGCCAAUGAAUGCGCAAAUUGGAGUAUGGCUUUAAAACAUAUAAUAUUAACUUUACAACCAGCCAACAAUGAACAGGAACCAUCUGCGUUACAUAUACAAUCAAUGUUCGUUCCAGGAGUUCCGCAGUUAGAUGUAAACAGUGAUAUCUUAAGAGAAACAAAUGCUCAAAACAUUGCUUCACAAACAAAUAUUACCCAUUCUGAUAUUCAGCACAUUUGAUAAAAACUUAUCUAUUUUAAUUUUUUUAAAAGCACUUUCGUGAUUUAGACUACUCUAACAUACUUUUUGCUCGAUAUGGAAUUUAAAUACAUAUUUAAAACUAGAUUUAGAAUUGAAACUUUAUAUUUCUGCAUUCUCUACGUAUUGUAAACGUAUUGUGUAAAUCAUUCUUAUAUUGUCAACACUAAUGGAAAAAAAGCAAAUUAAAGCAAUCUGUCGCUAUCGGCUUUAAAAUAUACUCAUUGCUGGUGUACUGUGAAAUUAUGACGAAUUAUUACAAAUAUAAGAAUUCUAAUUGUGUAUUAUCUUUGUUAGCACUUUUCGUGUAUUUAGUCAAAAUAUCUUGUAAGAAUAGUAAUAAUUAUGGAUGCUAUUUUUAUAUAAUUUUUUUGCUGCAAUAAAAUGUGCUUCAUUUCUUGCAAUUUAUAUUUAUAAUUUGCUUAAGCAAUAACAUAAAAUUUUGGUACUUUUAACUUUCAAUUUUAUAUUCAACUUCAUAUUGUAUUUAUGCUUAAAGCUCUUGAAUAAAUACAUGUAAAAAUAUAUUAAUUA